AUGGGUCAGCAACUUACCCCUAUUGUGCUCGCUACAAUCGUAGUGGGCAUCGUCUUCUAUGGCAUAUACAGGAUCCUCCAAGUUGGCAAGCGACCCGCAGACCUUCCUCCCGGCCCUCCCACGAUACCAAUCCUAGGGAACAUUCACCAGAUCCCGACCGAGCGACCUCAUCUCCAGUUUCAGAAAUGGGCGCAAGAAUACGGCCCCAUUUACUCCCUCAUGCUUGGGACCCAGACCAUGAUUGUUCUUUCGUCACCAAAAACCGUGAAGGACCUCUUGCACAACAGGAGUGCCAUCUACUCUUCGAGACCGGACAUGUACCUCGCACACGACGUGGCCAGCAACUGUCAGCGAUUCGUGACCAUGAAAUAUGGUCCCAUGUGGCGCCUCGUCCACAAAAUGAUGCACAAUACACUCAACAUCAAGACCGCUGUCGCCUACAUCCCCUACCAAGAUCUUGAGAAUAAACAGAUGCUGCUGGGCCUUCUUGAGCGGCCGGACGACUUUGUCCUACACCUCCGACGAUACACCAGCUCACUGACGACCCAGAUGGUCUAUGGCUUCCGCACCAUCAGUACCGAAGAUCCGCGGAUGCUUCAAUUUUUCAGGGGCUUUGAGAAAUGGGGUAAGAUAGCUGCCAGCGCCAGCGCUCAGAUCAUGGACUGCUUCCCUAUCCUUCGCAAACUUCCCAGCCCGGUCAACCCGGAGUACAGGAGUGCCAGAAAACUGUACGAAGAUGAGCGAAAGCUUUACACGUCUCAUUGGAUGGAUGUCAAGGACCGAAUUCUGCGUGGAACCAGUCUACCAUGUUUCAGUGUCGAUGUCUUCCUGUCCCAACAGACAGAGAAAUUUACCGACGAACAAGCUGCAUACAUCUCCGGCUCGCUUCUCGAAGGAGGCUCCGACACUACUUCGGGGACACUAGUGGGAUUCAUUCAGGCCAUGUUGAUGUUUCCCGAGACGCAGAAGGCUGCACAGGAGGAAAUUGAUCGGGUCGUGGGCCCUGAUCGGAUGCCGGUCAUGGAUGACGCUCCCAACUGUACGUAUAUUCGCUCUUGUGUCAAAGAAACUAUCCGGUGGAUGCCAACCAUUAUCUUGGGGUCUCCCCACGCUGUGAUCCAAGAGGACCACUACAUGGGUUACAGGAUUCCCAAUGGCGCUUCUGUCGUCAACAACAACUGGACGCUCAACAUGGACCCCGAGCGCAACCCAAAUCCUCGCAAGUUCGACCCGUCGCGCUUCAUCAACGACUCCCAGACCGAAUUCCAGUCCGCGACCAACCCCGACGAGAACCAGCGUCAGAACUGGAUCUUCGGCAACGGCCGCCGCAUGUGUCAAGGGAUGCACAUUGCCGAGCGCUCGCUGUUUCUCGCCACCGCGCGCAUCGUCUGGGCGUUCAACAUUGACAAGCCGAUCGGACCGGACGGGAAGCCCGUCGAGGCCGACAUCGACGACCUCGUCGGCGGGACCACGGUGCAGCCCAACGACUUCCGCAUAGCCAUGACUCCGCGCAGCGAGAAGAAGGCAGACAUGAUCAGACAGGCGUGGCGGAACUGCGAGGAAGAGCUCCUCGACCCCGUCACAAAGCAGUGGAAGAAGGUGCCAGAGGGUAUGAAGUUUGGGAAAUACGUUCCCGAGAAGAAUGUCAUGGCUUGA